UCUUCCGACGCAGACGGCAGACCGCAGUGGCCGCUGCCCGCUGGCCACAGCCACAGACAUCCGCAGUCCGCAACUCCGCACAAGGCCUCCGGGUAAGGUUUUUGAUGAAGGGAAAACGAAAAUACGACUCAGGAUGUACAAAGAGAAAGAACAAAUUAAGAAAGGACAUGGUCAUAAAAUCCUUUGCCGGUUCUAUGGAUCGGUACAUAUUAUCAAAACCUUGUCCCUCAAAUAUUGUUCAGAAUGAGGCUACAAAUGUUGAGGUCGAAGUAAAUGAGGGUGAGGAUCUAAGUUGUCAGAAUAAUGACACAAUUGUAGGUGAUACAAAUGAAAAUGUCAAUGAUAGUAUUGAGAAUGAACAUGCUAGGGCCGAGAAUGUAAAUGGUGAGAGAGAGAUGCUAGAUGAUCACUCUACUUUGUUGUACUCGGAUGAUUUAUUUGACCCAGGAAAUUGGAAAGCACCUAUUUCUCAAAAACAAAUAGACUUGUUGGUCGAGAGGGGUCCCAUAAGAAUAAAAGGGGUUGAGUAUCCUAUUGAUAAGAAACGCAGUUUCAAUGACAAAUACUAUACUCGUUGUUUGGGAAACAUGGAGAGAUAUGAUAGGCCAUGGUUAGUUUAUUCUUUGUCAAAAAAUAAAGUCUUUUGUUUUUGUUGUGUGCUAUUCAAGAAAGGUGCGAUGCAAAGCCCUUUAACCACUGCAGGUCAAGGGUAUAAUGAUUGGCACAACUUAAAUACUAGACUUGUAGAGCAUGAAUUGAGCAUGGACCAUAUCCAUAAUUUACAAGCAUGGAGGGAGGCAGAAGUAAGAUUGAAAAAAAGGGUGACAAUAGAUGCUUCCCGAGAACAAGCUAUCAACAAAGAAAAAGAGUACUGGAGAGCUGUUUUGAAGAGAAUUGUUGUUGUUGUCAAGACUCUUGCUACUUGUAAUAUAGCUUUUCGUGGAGAUAAUGAAAGGAUUGUAGAUGAAAAUAAUGGGAAUUUCUUGAAAAUUAUUAAUAUGAUUGCUGAAUUUGAUCCGAUAAUGGAAGAACAUCUCAGGCGUAUUCGGAAGAAGGAGAUCCGAAAUCAUUAUCUUGGGCAUAACAUUCAAAAUGAGAUGAUCCAACUUUUGUCAAAUGAAGUGAAAAAGAAGAUCCUCCAAGUAGUGAAAAGUGCAAAGUAUUUCUCUGUUAUCCUAGAUUGCACACCUGAUGUUAGUCACGAGGAGCAAAUGACACUCGUCCUAAGAUGUGUUAAUGUGUCUACGAGUCCAAUCCGAGUGGAGGAGUUUUUUAUUACAUUUGUGAAAGUUGUUGAGACAACUGGAGAAGCUCUUUUUCAUGAACUUAAAAGACUCCUUGAGACUCAUGAGCUUGAUUUUAACAAUGUAAGAGGACAAGGUUACGACAAUGGCUCCAACAUGAAGGGAGAUAACAAGGGUGUACAAGGUAGAGUCUUACGGGAAUAUCCUAGAGCAUUUUAUACUCCAUGCGGUUGUCAUUCUCUCAACCUUGCUCUUUGUGAUAUGGCCAUGAGUUGCCCGCAAGCAAAGACAUUUUUUGGUGUUGUUCAACGAAUCUAUAAAUUAUUUUCGGGUUCAACAAAACGAUGGGAGGUUUUCAAGACUUAUGUUAAAGACCGUGAUGGAAACGGUCUUACUCUUAAGUCAUGGUCAGAUACGCGUUGGGAAAGUCGUGUUGCCAGUGUUAAAGCAAUCAGGUUCCAAGCACCACAAAUUAAACAAGCAUUGGAGCACUUAACCAAAUUUAGCAAUGACCCUAGCACGGUUAGUGAUGCCAAGUCUAUAUCUGACUAUGAAAUGAACUUUGAUUUUCUUGUUGCUUUGGUCAUAUGGUAUGAGAUAUUGAAUAAGGUCAAUAAAGUUAGUAAAGUCUUGCAACAAAGAGAUAUGAAUAUGAGUUCGGCCAUUAGUCUCUUGAAAGGUUUGAUUGCAUUUUUCCAAGAAUAUAGAGAAGAUGGAUUCGAAAAGGCCAAAGCUGAAGCUGAGAAGAUUGCCAUUGAGUUAGAUAUUGAACCUCAAUUUCGUGAGGCACGGGUCCGUACUAAAAAAAGGUUCUUUGAUGAAAAUGCAAAUGAUGAACCAACAAGGUCACAAGAGAAUGCAUUUAAAGUCACUUACUUCUUAGUUCUUGUUGAUAUUGCUCAUUCUUCACUCUCUAGUAGAUUUGAGCAGUUUCAUAAAUAUGAUGAUACUUUUGGAUUUUUGUACAAUUUGACUAAGUUGAAGGGGAUGAGUGAUGAGGACUUGAUGUGUUCUUGUGUCAACCUUGAAGAGUUUCUCAAGCAUGGAGAUGAUGAGGACAUUGAUGCUAGGGAGUUACUCUCAGAACUACAGAUGCUAAGGGUUUCAAUCCAGAAUGCACAAAAAAAGUGAUUGAAGUGCUGGAGUAUAUAAAAGAUAUGCAUAUUUGUUUUCCGAAUGCUUGGAUUGCCUAUAGAAUUUUAUUGACUAUUCCAGUGACUGUUGCAGCUGCAGAGCGAAGUUUUUCUAAAUUGAAGCUGAUAAAAAAUUAUCUCCGGUCAACCAUGUCUGAGGAUAGACUAUCUGGUUUGGCUAUUCUAUCGAUUGAAAAAAAAAAUGUUAGCUACUCUUGAUUGCAGUGAUGUUCUUACGAAUUUCGCUCUUCAAAAAGCUAGAAGAAUAGGCUAUUAGUUUUUAUCCAUGUGUUUUUGAUCAAUUUUGGAUCUUUUGCUUUCGAAGAAUAUACUGUUUACGUUAAUAUUAUAUGAUGCAUUUCAUAUAUAAUUCACUUUUAUUUCA